AUGAGCGACUUGGACCAAGCGAUCGCGCAACUACGCGCAUGCCGUCCUAUACCUGAGGGUCAGGUGCGGGAGCUGUGCUACAAGGCGAGGGAGCUGUUGAUUGAGGAGGGCAAUGUGGUGGGCGUCGAUGCGCCGGUGACGAUAUGCGGAGAUAUCCAUGGUCAGUUCCACGACCUGAUGGAGCUCUUUCGGGUGGGUGGCGAUGUGCCGGACACGAACUACCUAUUCAUGGGCGACUUCGUCGACAGGGGGUUUUACUCUCUCGAGUCAUUUCUACUCCUUCUAUGUCUAAAAGUACGGUAUCCAGACCGAAUCACGCUCAUCCGCGGAAACCACGAGUCUCGGCAGAUCACAACCGUGUAUGGCUUCUACGACGAGUGCUUGAGGAAAUAUGGCAGUGCAAACGUGUGGAGAUACUGCUGCGAGGUUUUCGACUACCUCGCGUUAGGUGCACUGGUCACGGGAGCCGCAACCAAUCUUGAGCCCACAGGCAAUUCUCAUGCAGACCCAAACACACAAAGCAGCCAAGGAGAAGACCAGGAUAUCGAGAUCGAGAUCCUCAACUCCAACAACGAGGUUAUCAACCGGUAUCCGCGGAAUCCCGGCGGCGACUCUCCUGGACCACUUGGGCCUUCGAGCUCUCCAGUUGCCGACACGUCUGGUAGGACCGGUCCUGCUGGAACCGGUGCUUCAGGGUCCAGUUCCGGUUCAACAGGAAACCCUGGUGGAGCAGUACUUUGCGUGCACGGUGGCUUGUCUCCCUUGAUUGACACGAUCGACAAGAUUCGUCUACUUGAUCGCAAGCAGGAAGUCCCACAUGAAGGAGCCAUGUGCGACCUGCUAUGGUCGGACCCUGAUGAGAUCGAUGGCUGGGGCCUGUCUCCCCGUGGCGCCGGGUUCCUCUUCGGCGCCGACAUCGUCAAAUGCUUCAACCACAAGAACGAUUUGUCGCUCAUUGCACGUGCCCAUCAACUUGUAAUGGAAGGGUUCAAGGAAAUGUUUGACAAUUCGAUUGUAACGGUGUGGAGUGCGCCAAACUACUGCUACCGCUGCGGCAAUGUUGCAGCUAUCCUGGAGCUCGGCGAAGACGGGAGCAACGGCGGCUACGUUCCUCGCGGCAACGGCGACUCGAACCGGAGUAGAGGCUUGAGCGACAGGAACCGAGACGGGCCAGGGCGACGUUACAGAGUCUUUGAGGCUGCACCACAGGACUCGCGUGGCAUGCCUGCGAAAAAGCCGGUUGCGGAUUAUUUCUUGUAG